AAUCUGGUGGCUGACAUAGGAACUUAUCGCGAAUAGGAACAAAUCAAGAUGGCCGCAACCAACUCGAGUUUAGCCAGUGAAAUUCCAACGAAGAAGGAGGAUGAAUUCAACGAAUUUUAUUCGGAAGUCAAAGAAAUUGAAAAAAGGGAUUCCGUGUUGACUCCCAAACAACAAAUCGACAGAUUAUUGCGGCCUGGUUCUUCUUACUUUAAUUUAAAUCCAUUUGAAGUUUUACAAAUAGAUCCAAGUACUUCUAUAGAUGAAAUCAAAAAAAAAUAUCGACGUAUGUCCAUACUUGUGCAUCCCGACAAGAAUCAAGAUGACGCAGAGAGGGCACAACAAGCAUUUGAAAUUGUUAAUAAAGCAUGGAAGACAUUGGAAAAUGAAGAAACGAGAGCAAAAUGUAUGGAUGUUAUCGAAGAGGCAAAGGCUCGUACAGAUCACAUGAUCGCUGAGAAAAAGAAAAAAUUAAAAAAAGAAGGCAAGACUGACAAUUCGACAGGUACUAUGUUAGAGGAAGAAACCGAAGAAGGAUAUAGGCAUGCUGUUUGGGUGAUGACAAUGAAAUUAUUUGCCGACAUGGAAAGACGAAGAAGAGAAUUAGCAACCAGAGAUGCCGAACAGCGAAAGAGAAAACGAGAGGAAGAAUUAUCCGCGGAAGCUCAAGCGGCCCUGGAACGUGAAUGGCAAAGAAACUUUGAAGAAUCUAGACAAUCACGAGUCGAUAGCUGGAAAGCUUUUCAAUCUGGCUCCAAUGCAACUAAACAAAAGAAAGCAAAAAAAUUAAAAGCCUUUAGGCCACCAAAAACGAAGGCCGAAUCACGAUAAUUAAUGGAAACUUAUCGCCUUUACUUCUCAUCGGAUUUAGAACCGUUUUCAAUCUCAUUUGCUCCAAUGUUAUUUCAUAGAUAUUUUCAGCAAGAAAAAUUCUAGAUCAUAUUACUUAUAUACAUACACAUUGUGUGUCAUCGUACGCGCGUGAACUCUUACAAAUGUCCAUUAAAAUAUUAUCGUCGAUUUUCUCACUUUCAAUCCACAUAUAUAUAUAUCUCUAUAUAUAUAUAGAGAGAAAGAAAGUUGUUACUCUUAUUGAGAAUCAAAGUAAGAAAAAAGGGAAAAAAGAAAGAAAAUGAAAAAAAAGGAAAAACAAAAAAGAAACAUAAGAACAAGAAGAAAGAAUAUUUGAGUGUUAGAAAUGUGCGAUAAGGGGAGGGGGGGAGGUGUGAUAUCAAUACGAGAGACAGAAUAGAGAAAUAAGAAUAAUAUGAAAAUACGAAUAGUGCAAGAGCAUCUUUAUUGUAUACUAUGUAUGUAUCAUGAAUGAAUGCCACGCGUGCUUGUGAUUUGUGUGUGCAUGUAUGUGUGUUACACAUGGAUAUGCAUAAAUGUAUGCGUGAGAGAAUUGCAACGCCGCUUACAUGGCCCGAGUAAAAGUUGCAUCUCAAUCUUCUAUACGGUGAUAAAAGCUUGUUGAAUUUCAAAUAUUGAAUUAAAAAUUCAUAUGGCCAGUCUAUAUCGAUUGAAAUUAAAUAAAAAGUAUUAGAGAAAUUAUAAAUUAUUAAUUAAGCUUUUAAAAAAAUUAAAUACCAGGAAUACUUUUAUAUUAUUCCAAUAUAAUAAUUUAAAGCAUGAAUAUUAAAGAAUUAUUCCGAUCGUAUAAAAUAAUUACUUUUCACGAUUGAUCGUCUAAAUAUUUUAAAACAUAUAUUUCUAUGUCAUUGAAAAUUGCAACAGAAUAUGUAAGACUCAAUUUUUCAUACUGCCUAAAGUAUAGAAACUAUACACCAACACACACACACACACACAUAUAUAUAUAAAAGCCCAAAUUUUACGAUACCCGAAAGUGCCAUACAUAUAAUAUCGUAUGUUACAUAUUUAAAACUUAUCGUUUUUCUCUGUGCGUGUAUCGCAUUAAAAAGAAAAAAAAAAUAAUAACAAUAAUAAUUACAAACAACAUAACUUGCUAUUUUAAUUAUUUAGCAAUUAAACAAUUGUAUAAUGUUGUUUGUUUGAUGAUCCUUUAAACACGGAUUAUAGUACAAAGGACCGUAUCGCAUCAUGAACUACACGGGCCAUGUAAUCGUGCAAUCUAAUGUAUCGAUGCAUCAUUUGGCGCAUAAUGCAUAUAUUUUUACGUGCACUUGGUCCAAACAUAAUUCAUAAGAUUAUUAUAAAUAUAAUGAAUUUAUAAAAAAAGAAAAGAAAAAAAAAAUCCGAAAAAAUUUUAUCAUUGUAUCUUGUUUUAAACGUACCUUUAAUAAUGUGCGAUAUUGAAAAUAUUCAUAUACGUGAAAUGAAAUGAAAUGAACAAAAAAAAGAAAAAAGAAAAAAAAAAGGAAAAAGAUUUUAUCUCAAGCGAUAAAGGAAAAGAAAGGGACAAAUGUCUUUGUCAUGCAUCGAUUCCUCUAAAAAAUAAUUGCGGUUAUCAAUAAUUGA